UGGAGUUUAUGAAUUCGCAGAUGAUCUUAACCGAUCCGAUUGGCGAUUGAUCCACAAACAUGAGGAAGAGAAGUAUAUAGAAUGUAAGGAACCUAUGAGUGACAUUACUCUACCAAAAUCAUUUCCAGUUCCACCAUUGCAGAAUUUAUUGGCUAGAAAGGCUUGUGAAAAAGCCGGCGUUCCCUUCCGAGAAAAACAUACGAGAGCACCACUUCAACUGUGCAUCGACCCUGAGUUUUCAAUGCUGACCCCAUUUAUCAAACAGGAAGAACCCACCAAGAAGGGCACAUCUAUUUAUGAUGAAGUUGACCCAAAGGUUUUGCUAGAUCUCUAUGGCAAUGAACUACCAGUGAAGGUGGAAGCGUGGAAUCUUGGACCUGCGACGUUUGCGCCCCGUUUUUCGGCCACAUCGAAGAAGAUGAGCGAAAAACAUAGCUCUUGA